AUGAAUCUUAACUCCUCCGUUAAAACUAUGCUAAACGGCUCUGGAACCACGAACAAUAAAUGGUCAGGUGUGGCCUUCCUUAUCAAAAAUAAGCUCAAAAAAUACAUUAUAAAAUUUGUCCCUAUAACCGAAAGAAUUGCUGUACUAUACCUGAACACCGCCUACAAACCCACCAUCCUCCUCAAUGUUUACGUCCCCCCUAAACUCACAGAAAGAAUGUUAUUCCUAGAACAUCUAGAUAACGUGAUAAGCUCGCUACCAAAAAGAUACAAUAUCAUAGCUAUGGGAGACUUCAAUACUAAGAUAGGCCACGACAUAACAUACAAAGUAAGCAAUACUAUAGGCCACACAACAGUAUAUAACAGCAACGAUAAAGAUGGAAAAAAACUACUCCAAAUAUGUUUUGAUAACAACCUAAAAAUUGAAAACACGUUCUUCAAACAUAAACCUCCUCACCUCAUGACCUUCUCAAGGGGCGGCCACUCCUCCCAAAUUGAUUUCUUCCUAUCCAAUAUCCAUAGCUGGUUUGCAGAUGUAAAGGCUAUCCUAAACAUAAAUAUAUCAGAUCACAAACUGAUCAAAGCACAUAUAAUAAUACGUAGUGAUGAAUGGAGAAACAAUAAUACCAGGCGCAUCCAUAGCACAAUACGUACAACGCCAGAACAACCUACCAAAUGGCACUUCACUAAUAUUAACAAAACAACCUAUAAUGAAACAAUAUGCUCAGGCCUAGCUAGGAUUAUUCAGCUCUUCCCUACCAAACCAUUAGAAGAAUGUUGGUCAGACUUCAAAAGCGCGAUUUUCCAUGCAUAUAAUAAUCUCAACCACAGCCAAAUACCAAAAAGAGAAUGGCUCUCAGCAAAUACAAAAAACUUAAUCCUAUCGAUAAAAAAUGAUAGAAGCCGCAAUUUAGAACUAUGGAAACGCAUUUAG